AAUAUCUCGGUGAUCCGUCGUGGAUACCGGUAUGGAGGGUAUUCAUUAUCGCCGCUGAGCGUCGCCAUUUUGUUUUAUGUGGGCAUGCGCAGGAAAGUACUGUCUUCUGCUUCCCCGCGACGUUGGACUGGUUUGGGCUUUUCGAUUGCAAUGGCGGCUCGUGCGUCUGGUGGUUCCAAAUUGCAUUGCUGCGUACCGUUGUGUAAUGGCGAUAGCCGUUACUCACCAGACUUAUCGUUCCACUCUUUCCCCAAAAAUGAAAAAAUGAAGAGAGCGUGGAUUCACAGUAUUCGUCGCGAUCCUGGUAAACAUUUUCAAAUUACACCAAGCACGCGAGUUUGUGGCAACCAUUUCAGACCCGAAGACAUAUAUGAGACGCCUCCUGGUCGACGCCGUUUGCACCACAACUCAGUUCCAUCAAAAUUUAGUUGGACAAAGUUAAUUGCAGAGAAACCACUGCCAAAUAGACUGAAAACAACUGAUGAUGCCACUGUACCAAGCAGUCGGACCAGCAGUCUGAGUUUUAAUCACACUAAUCCUACUCAAGUGGAUCACAACUACUGCAUUGUAGUGGAAACAACUGAAGAAAAACUUGAGCAAGCUUUAAAAGAAAUUGAGAAUUUAAAAACUCAAGUUUCAAAGCUGUCAAUAUCUAAAUUCGGUAUGGAACGUUUCUAG